AAUCAUACUUUACCAUAAAUAUAUAAUAUUUAGUGAAAAUGGGGAUAAAAGAUCUAUUGAAACAGCUUGACGAGGUCAAGAAGAACCAGAGCAUAUCUGUCUGAAAAGGCAAGAAAAUAGGCGUUGACGCCUAUUGUUGGCUCCAUAAAGGAACCUACAAUUGUUCCAAAGAAGUCAUCAAUGGGAAAAGUUAUGACAAAGUCGUGAGGUACUGCAACAAAAGAAUCGACUUAAUGAUCUCCAAAGGAGUCAUUCCAGUGAUUGUUUUUGAUGGUGGCAAACUUCUAGCUAAAUAAGAAAACUGAAGAAGAAAGACAAGAAACGAGGAAUCAAAAGUUACAAGAAGCUAUCAGAUAUGAGAAGACCACAGGAUUAUGAUGUUCCAAGAAGUACGAUCAAGCAGUUGAUGUUACUCCAAGAUUAGCCAGAUUAUGGAUAUCCUCGCUUCGCUCAAGAAAGAUUGAAUACUAUGUUGCCCCAUAUGAGGCGGAUGCACAACUUGCAUACCUAUAUAUUAGAGGAAUUGUUUCUGCAGUAAACACAGAGGACUCAGAUCUACUUUGUUUUGGAGUGAAAAGAGCAUUCUACAAACUUGAUAAAAAUGGCAGAGCUGAUGAGUACGAUAUGACUAACUACACAAAAAUCAAAGCAUUUGCAGAUUUCACUGAUGAUAUGUUCAAGACCGCCUGAAUUCUGAGUGGAUGAGACUAUCUCCCUUCCAUCAAAGGAGUUGGAUUAAAAUAAAGCUAUCAAAUAUGUGAAGAAGUAUGAGACUUUUGAUAAGAUUUAUCCCCAGCUUCUUGAAGAUUUUACAUCGGAAGUGCCUGAUAACUACAAAGAUGAGUUUAAGAAAGCAUAUCUUACCUUCCAUUUCCAGCUAGUGUAUUGCCCUGAACAGAAAAAAAUAGUGAACCUGAACCAAGUUGAAGGCCAUCCCCUUGAGAAGUGGUACAGAGAGUUUGAAGAUAGCAAAUUUUGGGGAUCUUUUCUUCCUUUGGACGAAGCUCAAAAAAUUGCCAGAGGAGAUAUUGAUCCGAUUACUAAAGAAACAUUUAAAGAAAGUGACUUCCCUUGUGUUGAUGGGUCUAGUGGUCAGGGAUAUGACAAGAGUAAACUUGCAGAUCUAUGGAAAAGGAGGAGUGAGUUUAAGACUGACGCACAGUUCUGGUCCAAUUACAAUAAGCUCAAAUAAGGCGGAAGGUUUGACUAAGAAUACUAAUGGCAAAAGCAAAGCGAAAAAAAACGAUGGGAAAAAGUCUUCAGCAGAUUCUCUUAACCUUGAGACUACUAAACGGUCUAAAUAAAGCCAGAAGUAAGGCUCUUGAAAAUCUGCGUAAUGAACAAAUUUUUCAACUACAGAACAAGAUCCACAAAGAAGAUGAUGAAAACACUGCGAAUAUUUCUUUUGAUUAUACAAGUGACAGUUUCAGUAACAUCACAGAUAGCUGUAAGUCUCCUUUUGCCUUACUCAAGACUAACCUUUUAGGGCUGAAUGUAUCUGACCAUGAGAUGAUUGUGGAUAAGAAGUUCCAGGCAAUGCCCCAGCCUUCUUCCCUAUGCCCACCCAAGGGGCUGACUAAGGCUCAGAAGCCUUCUCAGGCCACUUCAAAGACAGAUUACUUCUCACAGAUGAAAACAGGUAUGACCCUUGCAGAAAUGGCUGACCAGGAGAAGACCAUAAUCGAGAUCCCAGAUAGCCCAGUUCAAAAAAGUUUAACACUGGCAACUGGUAAAUUAUCGCCAAGUAAGACCAGUUUAACAGAUAUGCUUAAACAAAUUCAUAAGGAUAGAGAGAAAAGGAAGAAGCAGAGGACUAAAAUAUUCCGUGAUGGAGCAGACUCUUAAUUUCA